AUGCUCAUUUUAAGUAUUAUUCUACUUCUACUGAUUAGUUUUGCUGGUGGUACCGGAACUAUCACGCUUGAUUCACUAUUGAUCACCCAGGUACAAGAUACGAGUGCUCCGAAAGAAAACUCGAAUGCUUACAUAGUAACAUCCAUGAUAUCUCGCCAAGGAUUCUUCGUCGAUGCAGGCUCAUCAAACGAUAUCUCCCACCAAUUGAUAUCCAUAUAUCAACAACAAGUUCAAUCGACUAGCAAGCCACCUCAAUUCGUUUUUAUCACUCACGGUCAUCCAGAUCACAUCGGUAGCAUUGCUCUAAUACAGCAGCUCUACCCUUCGACACCGAUCUAUCUCAUUAGUCAACAGGCCAUAAAGGAAGCCAUCCAAUGGAUCGAUUUAUAUUGUAGGAACAAUAUCUACUCAACCGCUCAGUGCGCUGUCGACUAUACAAAAGUGUUGCGCACGCUGACUUCACCUCGAACACAGCUCAUUUUUGAUCAUCCAUCUGUGAGACUCAAUACCAUUAGCAAUGUUAUCAAGGGUGAAUCGUCUUACGCUGGUCUACUCAGCUUGACUACUUCCUCAAAUAACUACUUUCUUUUCACGGGCGAUUCCAUUACCAUUCGAUCUCAUAUGUUCAUUAGCAAUUUCUUUGAUACAGAGAAACUACCUAGCAGCGAUGAUGCUCUUUGUGCUUGGGCAGGUAGCAUGCAAGAAUCUGUCUGUACCGUAAAGCUUGGUGGUCGAAAACCUAUUAUCCUGCCUGGUCAUGGUACCAUCAGUACUGAUAGCAGUUACGCGAAGGAUGUGGUAAUGAACAUCACUUGGCUUCGAUUAGUGCGCAGGCUGACAUUCAAUAGUUGCAAUGCCACUUUCAUUUGGGCUGAAAUGGUUCGUCAGUAUCCCGAUUUUGCUGAAGCGAGUAUCGGUGCAAAAGGUGCUCUCAAUACACACGUGCCUGCCGAUGCCAACAGCGUCAAUUGCAAUUGUGUAAACGGUUUACCCACUAUCUGCCCUGUGUAUCAUGAACCACCCAGCUGUCUCCAUUUGGAUAGGAGUGACAGUCAGACAACACUUGCCUGCGACAUGCAAUAG